AUGUUCUUACUAACCCGCCAAUCUGGUAGACAACUGCGAUUCCGACAUGCCAGACUUUUCGCGACCCAAAUCCCUCAAACUAUCAUAGAAAAGGUCGUGCAAAGAUAUGCAGUUGGUCUUGGAGAAGGAAAGGUCGUAAAAGCAGGCGACUAUGUUAUGAUUCGUCCAGAGUAUGUAAUGACUCACGAUAACACUGGUCCAGUUAUAUCCAAAUUCAAGUCAAUUGGUGCAACCAGAAUCCAGAAUCCCUCUCAACCGGUCUUCACUUUAGAUCACGACGUGCAGAACAAGUCUUCCAAGAAUUUGGCCAAGUACGCAUCCAUCGAAGCAUUUGCGCGUCAGCACGGCGUCGAUUUCUAUCCUGCAGGUCGUGGAAUAGGCCACCAAGUUCUGGUCGAAGAAGGUUACGCCUUUCCACAUACGUUGACUGUAGCCAGUGACAGUCAUAGUAAUAUGUAUGGAGGCGUCGGAUGUGUUGGAACUCCCAUCGUACGUACCGAUGCUGCCGCCCUAUGGGCCACUGGGAAAACAUGGUGGCAGGUUCCACGUAUGGUGAAGGUGGAACUCCGAGGACAACUGGCUCCGGGAGCGACAGGGAAAGAUGUUAUCGUUGCUCUCUGCGGUUCUUUCAAUAACGACGAGGUCUUAAACGCCGCCAUCGAGUUCACUGGGGAAGGUGUAUCGUCUCUGGCGAUUGACGACCGUUUGACUAUUGCAAAUAUGACAACAGAAUGGGGUGCUCUCGCAGGUGUAUUCCCCGUUGACGGAGUCACUCUUCAAUGGUACGAAGAAGCCGUGCAGAAGAUGGAUAAUCGUACGUUUUCUUCGUCCGACGUUUCAGGCAUACCACCUCCCCCAGAACACCCUCGUAUAAACAGACGUCGAUUAGAAUCUCUACAGGCCAUGAAUCUAUCUUCCGAUUCGAACGCAGACUACGCGUCCCAUCUUAUCCUCGACCUUUCCACUCUCGUUCCUCACGUUUCCGGCCCUAAUAGCGUGAAAAUUUCGACACCUCUGCCCGAACUGGAAGCCAAACGUAUUGAGAUUCAGAAGGCCUACCUCGUUAGCUGCACAAACUCCCGUGUAUCGGAUCUUGCUGCCGCUGCCGCUGCUUUGAAGGGGAAAAAAGUCGCACCGGGAGUGGAGUUCUACGUAGCAGCCGCCAGUUCUGUUGUACAGCAGGAAUCUGAGAAACUGGGUGACUGGGAGACAUUAGUCUUGGCCGGUGCGAAGACCUUGCCUGCUGGGUGUGGACCGUGUAUUGGGCUGGGCACAGGACUUUUGGAGGAGGGCGAGACGGGAAUUAGUGCGACGAAUAGGAAUUACAAAGGUAGGAUGGGACAUCCAAAGGCUCAGGCAUACUUGGCUAGUCCAGCUGUUGUUGCUGCUAGUGCGGUGAAGGGGUAUAUAUGUGGUCCGGACGAUGGGCCUCAAACCGCACGAACACCCAGCUUCUCAAUAAACGCUGACGACUCUUCCGCUACAACGUUAACUUCGUCACCUGCUGAUGAAGCUGUUCUUCCUGGAUUCCCUGAAACAUUCAAGGGUCCGUUACUGUUUGCUCCUCAGGAUAAUCUCAACACGGAUGGAAUAUACCCCGGGAAAUACACCUAUCAGGACGAUUUUACGCUCGAACGACAGGCCGAGGUCGUCAUGGAGAAUUACGACCCCAACUUUGCGGCCCACGUCGCAUCACUUCGUCAGUCCCUCCCAAAAUCACCUUCCGUCGUGAAGGACGGUGUCAUUCUUGUUUCUGGCUACAAUUUUGGCACGGGUUCGUCCCGGGAACAGGCAGCUACCGCGUUGAAAGCCGCUGGGAUUCCAAUAGUUAUUGCUGGAUCAUUUGGGGAUAUAUUCAAGAGGAAUGCGAUCAAUAAUGGGCUGGUUUGUAUCGAAAAUCCGGAGUUGGUUAGAGCGCUUACAGAGAGAUACGGGAAGGAUGGGAAGAGGGGUGCUGGAGGAAAGGACGGGGAGAUGACUGUUCAUUCGGGCUCGAUAGUUGAGGUUGGAAUGGUCAAUGGGAAGAUUCGACUUGGCGAAAAGGAGUAUGACUUCAAACCGGUCGGUGAAAGUGUGCAAGAGCUGUGGUUGUGUGGUGGAUUGGAAGGGUACAUCCUGAAGGAAAUACAAAAUGCAACACCUCUGCACAAAUAG